AUGUCUCCUUUUAAUCCUAUUCAUACUAUUUUGGGUCAAAACAAACUAGAGGGUUCUAACAAUGUUGACUGGACAAGAAAUCUCGACAUCGUGUUAACUACUGAAGAAUAUAAGUUUGUGCUUCAUGAGGAAUGUCCACUGAAACCAAAUGAACAAUCUAGUGAUGAGGAUAAGUUAGCCUAUCAGAAAUGGCGCAAAGCUGAUGAGAUGGAGCGAUGUUACAGUAGUGGGAGUAAUAAUGAGAAAAUUGUAUUAGAGGAAGAAGUUGUUGAUAUUUCUGCACCGCAAGGUACUGAAGAUAACAUGGAAACUCAAGAUCCUAAAAAUGAUGUGGUUCCACCACAAGAUCAUAAUAAUGCAAAACUCUCUGAACCAGCCCCUGUAGUUGUAGUGUCUCGUCGUAGCGGGAGAGUGAUAAUAAAACCACUUCGGUAUGCACUCCUGGGAGAGUCUUUUGAUAUAACCCUUGAAGACACGAAUACCGAACUUGUGAACUACGACGAAGCACUACAAGAUAAAGAUGAAGAAAAAUGGAUUUGCAUCUAUAAGAAAAAGAGAGGAAUAGAUGGAAAACUGCAAACUUACAAUGCUAGACUUCUUGCAAAAGGGUUUACUCAGAAAGAAGGGAUCAACUGUGAGGAUACUUUUUCGCCUGUAGUCAUGCUUAAGUCUAUUAGAAUUCUCUUAUCCAUUGCUGCUUAUUAUGAUUAUGAAAUUUGGCAAAUGGAUGUCAAGACAACUUUCCUUAAUGGAAGUCUUGAUGAAAGCAUAUUUAUGCGAAAACCAGAUGGUUUCAUAGAAAAUGGAAAAGAACACAUCUUGUGCAAGCUUAAAAGAUCCAUUUAUGGAUCAAAGCAAGCUUUUAGGGCAUGA